AUGGAGUCAAAGAAGCAAAACAUAUUAAUUGUCAACGGAGGAAAAGCCUUCCAAAUGUCAGGUGGUAAACUAUCAGCAAGUUUAGUAGAGCUUGCAGAGAAGAUUCUUGUUGAAAAAGGAUAUCCUGUAAAAACAACAAAAUGUGAUAAAGAAUACGACAUCAAAGCUGAAUUAGAGUUAUUCAAAUGGGCUGAUGUUGUUAUUUGGCAAGUACCUGUUUGGUGGAUGCAAGUUCCAUGGACUGUAAAGAAGUAUAUUGAUGAAGUUUUCUUCGCAGGACAUGGAAUUCUUUAUGAAUCAGAUGGAAGAACUCGUAAGGAUCCAACAAAGCUUUAUGGAAGCGGUGGCCUUUGCCAAAAUAAGAAAUUCAUGGUUUCUUCAACAUGGAAUGCACCAUACGAGUCAUUACACGAACCAGGCCAAUUCUUUAACCAAAGAGGUCCAGACGAAGUUUUAUAUCCAUUCAGAGCCUGCAUGACAUUUGUUGGAUAUCAGGAACUUCCUCAUAUUGCCUUCAAUGAUGUCGCAAAGAAUCCUCAUUAUGAACAAUAUGUUAAGGAUUAUACAGAACACCUCAAUAAAGUUUUCCCAUAA